AUGUUCCGACCAGUUAGAAUAUUCAUCUGUCUUCUAAUUCUCACUGUCUCCUGUGCUGAACAUCCUUUCGAUUUUGUGGAGAACGCGUUUUAUAAUGAAACUCCUUGGGCGAGAAACUUCAACGUGACCGGGAAGAUUCAAAAUCUCGAUAUGAACAAAAAUAUGACAGAUUCGAUAGAUGAACAACGUCGGAUGCUGUCGAGUAUAAUCGAGAUUUACAAAAGAUGUUCAUUGCAGUAUAGAAGUAUCCAUAAUUUCGAAAGGCUAUGCUUUAUUUUUACUGCAACUCCUCUGGAAUAUAUAGAGCCAUUAUUGUUUGCUAACGAUGACGCUGUGAACCUGCAAAACUCAUUUUUGACUUUUGGUCUAUCAUUCUUCUACCACAACACAUACAGCAAAUGGAAAGCAGCGAAACUCGGAUUCACUGGGUUUCAUGUUGGUCAUGAAAUCGCUCACAGUUUUGUCGAAGUUCAUAGAACACCUCGCGAACUUGGCUAUUUUUCGAAAGAAUCUCAAAAAUGUGUUCAAGAUCAGUAUCAAAAAUCUUGUGAUUUCUUCAGAGAAGGAAACGAAUCUUCAAUGGAUUUAGAUGAUUUGAGAGAUCAUUCCGCUAAUAACGUUCGCGUCAAUGUAGCAGCACAGUAUCCAGGAUUUCAAAAACCUUUCCAUUGUUCUGAUGAUUCACGAAUGAUGCAGUCAGCUACAGAUCAAUGCAUCAUUUAUGGAAAAGAUGCACCUGAAACUCACAAAAAGUUUAUUCAAUCAAAGUAA